AGACAAUCGNAGGGCGUCGUUGCUGCUGGCAACACUACUGCUGGUGCUCGCUAGCUGCUUCAGUUUGAGCCGUGGUGCCGCUACGACGCCGCCAGCACAGCUCUUGCAGGACGAAGUGACGAUGGAAUUCCAAAUCACUACCAUGUGGGACAGUGUUCCGGUGCAGCACAACCCUGUGUCUCUAACGCUGACCGGGAAAGAAGAUCACUUGGAGCUCAGAGUUGAAGCUCCUUUCUUCAACGACGUCGCUCCACCUUGUGCGGAACCUGGUCCUUGUUUCGGUCUUUGGGACUAUGAAGUUGUGGAAGCCUUCUUUCUGGCACCGGAUAACAAAUAUAUAGAGAUCGAGGUCGGCCCACUGGGACAUCAUCUGAUACUUCUGCUGAACGGAGAGAGAAACGCGAUCGCGCAAGAGUUGCCAAUGGAGUACAGCGUCACGUCGCAGGAAAUCGGAGGCACUUGGACUGCGACUGCGAAAAUCCCCGUGGGCUAUUUUCCUCCCAAGGUGGAAAGGUGGAAUGCCUACGCCAUUCACAACAAUGCCUCGAACCCGCUGAAAAGGGACUACCAGAGCCUGUUUCCUGUGCCUACUGGUGAACUGCCUGCUCCAGACUUUCACCAGCUGACGUACUUCCAACCGAUUGAUUUCGGCCUUUUGCUUCCUUCAAAUCCGGAAUCCGAGUUGUCCGAGACAUGGUUGGAAGCGUUGGGACAACCGAAAAUUUAGGUCAUCAUCACAGAAGAGACUGGUUGAUUGAAAAUCUGUGCACAUGGCUUGAAAAGAAUGCACAAUAAACAAACUGUGAGCUACUCAAAUAUUUCAGAACGCCAAA